CGCAGUCGACAUCGCGACAUUGUCGUCCUCGUCAUCUCUUUCCAUUUCGGCCGCGACUCGGCACCAUGCCCGCACCCAAGACCAAGGCACCCGCCGCCCCCGCAGCUGCAGCGGGCAAGCGUAGCAAGGUGUUCACGCCCCGCCCGCCGCUGUCUGCCGCCGAGCGCCUCCCCAAGCUCUACCGCGCGCUCACGGACCAAGUCAACGACGGGUAUUUUGACAACGCCAAGCAGACGUGCAAGAAGAUCCUCACCCUCGACCCGUCGUCCGCGUCGGCGUUCCAGACCCUUCUCUUCCUCCACCUCCACACGGACGACUAUGCCGCUGCCCUCGAGCUGGUCACCAAGCCGCCGUCGCCGUCGCCCCCACCCCUCGAGUUUGAGCGCGCGUACUGCCUCUACCGUCUCAACCGCGAGCGUGAGGCGCUCGACGCGCUUGUCGCCAUCCCCAACCACAGUCGCAGGGAGAACCAUCUCGAGGCGCAGGUCCGCUACCGUCUUGGCGAGUUUGAGGCCGCGCAGAAGAUCUACAAUGACCUCCUGACUGGUCUCUCUACCAGCUCGACCGAGUACGAGGACAUCCGCACCAACCAGGCUGCGGCUGCUACCCAGCUCGACUUUGUCACGCGCGAGUACCAUGCCCAGCUUUCAGCUCCCGCCAUCGAGUCGCCCGCGUCGGGCAUCAAGGCGUACACGCCUACGGCUGCCGACCUCGAGAGCCACGUCCCGACCGUGCCGGCUGGCUGGUCGCGUGGCGGCGUCAAGCCGGGCGACAAGCCCCCCGCGCCGACCCCGGCACCGGUUGCGUCGUCAUCGGCGGCACCCAAGCAGCGCACCAAUCCCCGCCACAAGCUGCCCAAGGGCGCCGUGGCGGGCAAGGCAUUCACGCAGGACCCCGACCGCUGGCUCCCGCUCCGCCAGCGCGCGUCAUACGCCGCGCCCGUCGUCAAGAAGAAGGGAGGAAAGGAGCAGACUGGUCUUGGGACGCAGGGCAGCUCGGCGCCUGCCGCCGACAACCACCAUGGUGGCGGCGGCAAGGGCGGUGGCGGCGGCGGCAACAAGAAGAAGGGGAAGAAGAAGUAGGCGUGGUGUGUGCUGUACUAGAGCGUACCACGGUGGCUCAUGGCCCAUCUUGCAUGCAUCUGGC